CAACUUUCUAUUUCCGCUUCCGGCGCUGCGGGGGAACCCAGGUUGAAGAUGGCCGCGGCAGCUGGAUCUCGGGUUUCUGGCCUGUUGGGUAGUUCCCGGCUGCAGCUGAGUCGGUCUAUGUCCAGUGGCGCCCACGGCGAAGAGGGCUCAGCUCGCAUGUGGAAGGCCCUCACCUACUUUGUGGCGCUCCCCGGGGUGGGAGUGAGCAUGCUGAAUGUCUUCCUGAAGUCGCACCACGGAGAGGAGGAGAGACCCGAGUUCGUGGCCUACCCGCAUCUCCGCAUCAGGUCCAAGCCCUUUCCCUGGGGAGAUGGUAACCAUACCCUAUUCCAUAACCCUCAUGUGAAUCCGCUUCCAACUGGCUAUGAAGACGAAUAAAGAGAACCUGGACCACUACCCAGUGGGGACCACAGCACUGGUUUGGACCACUACUCUGCACGCAUGGACCAGAAAAGUACACGGGACCUUAAGCUCACCACCUUGUAUCCAGUGAUGACCAUUACACUUGAGGACCAUUAUACUGAUCUUCCAUCCCUUUGCUUAUAGCAGGAGGAGAUGGCUUAAAUAAAUAAUGUCAUGACCUGA